AUGUUGAGCAAGAACUGUUACCUGUUCGAUGAAGUCGAUCCGGAUCCGAAUUCCCUCGAGUCGCAACACGAAAUCCCGGUGACUCACCACGACCUCCUCUCGGCUCACUACCUACCUCCUCCUCCUCCUCCUCCUCCUUCUUCAGCUCCUAAAACAUCCAAAAAGGACCGGCACAGCAAGAUAAACACGGCCCAGGGCCCACGAGACAGGCGCGUCCGCCUCUCCAUCGGCGUGGCCCGAAAGUUCUUCGACCUCCAGGAGCUCUUGGGCUUCGACAAGCCCAGCAAAACCCUCGACUGGCUCCUCACCAAGUCUCGCUCCGCCAUCAAACACCUCGUCGCCUCUAAAUCCACUAAUUCCUCCGAAUGCGACAACAACAACAACGACAACAACAAUAUAACUAAUUCCCCCCAAGAAAACUCGACGACGGCCGAUAAAAAGGGAAAAUCGAGAAAAAAGAAUAACAACAAUAAUAAUAAUAAUAAUAAUAAAGGAGGUGGGAUGAAGCAGGCGGCCCUGAAGGAGUCUCGAGUGAAGGCACGGGCACGAGCUAGGGAGAGGACCCGAGAGAAAAUGUGCAUCAAGCAGCAAAUGGAGAUUCAAGGGGCCUCUACUUAUCAUCAUCACGACUUGCCUCAUAUGCAAAGCUACAUCAACAGCCAGCUAGAGGCGUGCAGGGCUUACGAGCUGGAUAACGAUGAUCUCGUCCGAGAAUCCGAGGAUGCCAUCCAUAAGACGAAGGUCGACCGCCAGCGGUUGGCUUUCGGCUAUAACAAUGUCCCCGCGGCUUCUUACAACAACAUCGGCGACGGAUGGGAUAUGGGUAAUUUCGCCUCGCAAUCUGGACUGACCGCAAUUUUGGAGCACCACAAGUUCAAUAUUAGCUCUUCCAACGAAUAG